CGGGUGGUGAAAGGGCCCACAGCAACAAACACCCGUAUCCCUUUAUAAAGUCUGCCAGGGGCCCGACGGCGCACAUGUCCGCUAUAGCCCCAAGGCACACGGGGACCUCCUAAAACGUUUCAUUUCACAUCGUUCAGGAAAGCACGUCGUUUUAGACAUGCCACUCCGAAGUAUUUGGCCCUUUUGCAGGACGUUUGGUUGGAAUUGAGAGGUCAACACGAUGGGCAACCAAGACAACCUUGAGGAUGUGUUUGUUGCAGUCAUUCGGCCAAAAAGUCAAGUCAGUUUGAGCUCCAAGGAGUAUCGAGCGAAAGCCUUUGAGAUCCUGUUGAUAGAAGUGCCUUUAGAAGGGAAAGAGAAGAAAAGAAAAAAGGUGCUUCUGGCAACCAAGAUCCAAGCCGGGGGAGACAAAGCCAGAUCCAUUUUGGAUUAUGUUGAUGAAACAACCAAACCCAUAUCCAAUAACCAAGGCUUCAUAGGGAAGCGUGUGGUGCAUAUGAAGAAGUUUCCCCUGGAAGGAGACAAGGAAGGGCGAGAGGCCUCCCUUUUUGUCGUGCCAGUCAGUGUCAAAGACAACAGCAAGCCAGUCUACAAUCCAGGGAGCCCGAGCUUCUACUGCUUCCAGGACAUCAUGCGCGUGUGCAGUGAAACCAGCGCUCACUUCUCCUCCAUCACCUCCAAGAUGCUUCUGGCUUUAGACAAAUGGCUGGCAGAGCAACACAACGUGCCUCUUGCCAUACCGGCUCUGUUCCGACCGGCCCCUGUGGAGCGGGUGAAAACCAAUGUCAGCAACCCAGCCUAUACAACCGAAGGCAAACUCAGCGAGGAGGGCCUACACAUAGGUUAUACUGCCUUGGAGAUCAAGAGUAAGAUGAUGUCUCUGGAGAAGGCGGACAUGUGUGUCGUCAACCCACUCUAUGGCUCUGACCUGCAGUACACCAACCGGGUAGACAAAGUCAUAAUCAACCCAUAUUUUGGACUUGGAGCUCCAGAUUACUCCAAGAUCCAGAUCCCCAAAAGGGAGAAGUGGCAGCAUGGUCCCAACAGCGUGGCCGAGGACAAGGAACACCAGUGGGUGGAUGACUUUCCGCUCCACCGUAGCGCCUGUGAGGGAGACACAGACCUGCUCUCCAAACGUCUGGACAGUGGGUUUUCGGUCAAACAGCUGGACAGUGACCACUGGGCUCCCAUCCAUUAUGCUUGCUGGCACGGUAAAGUUGAGGCGACCAAGCUGUUACUGGAGAAAGGUAACUGUAAUCCUAACUUGCUAAAUGGCCAGCUCAGCUCCCCGCUUCACUUCGCUGCCAGGAGAGGACACGCAGAGAUAGUCCAGCUCCUCCUGCAGCACCCUGAGAUCGACCGGCACAUUGAGGACCAGCAGAAGAAAUCACCACUUCAGGUGUGUGAGGAGAACAAGCAGAACGAAUGGGAGGAGACGGUGAAGCUACUGCAGCAAGCCAACAGCAAACCUUACGAGAAGGUGCGCAUCUACCGCAUGGACGGCUCGUAUCGCUCGGUGGAGCUUAAGCACGGCAACAACACGACAGUGCAGCAGAUCAUGGAGGGCAUGCGAUUGUCUCAAGAGACCCAGCAGUACUUCACCAUUUGGAUCUGUUCCGAGAACCUCAACCUGCAGUUGAAGCCCUACCACAAGCCGCUGCAGCACCUGCGGAUGUGGACGGAGAUUGUGACGGACCUCACAGUGCUGGACCCCCAGAGGGAAAACCCGCAGCUGUUCCUCCGCAGGGACGUCCGCCUGCCUCUUGAAAUUGAGAAGAAGGUGGAAGACCCCCUGUCCAUCCUGAUCCUGUUUGACGAGGCACGCCACUGUCUGCUUAAGGGCUUCUUCCCCUCCCCAGACAACAAGCUGAUCACGCUGGCCAGCCUUCUCCUGCAGAUCAUCUACGGCAACUACGAGAGCAAGAAGCACAAGCAAGGAUUCCUCAAUGAGGAAAACCUUAAGUCUAUUAUGCCAAUAUCCAAGGUGAAGAGCAAAGCAUAUCAUUGGACAAGCAGGAUUCUCCAUGAAUACAAGGCCCUCAGCACCAGCGAGGGUGUUAGCAAGGAGAUGCAUCAUCUCCAGCGGCUGUUUCUGCAAAACUGCUGGGACAUCCCUACCUAUGGAGCUGCCUUCUUCACAGGCCAGGUGUACACCAAAGCCAGUGCCAGCAACCACAAAGUCAUCCGUGUAUUUGUAGGCGUCAACACAAAAGGCUUGCACCUCAUGAAUAUGGAGACCAAGGUCCUUCUCAUCAGUUUAGAGUACGGUGCUUUCAUGUGGCAGCUUGGACACGCUGACCAGUACUUCCAGAUCCACAGUGUGGAAAACAAAAUGAACUUCAUUGUGCACACUAAACAGGCCGGCCUUAUUGUGAAACUGUUAAUGAAACUGAGUGGACAGAUGACUCCAAAUGAUAAAAGCUUGUCAGACAAGUAUGCUUAUGGCUGAAGAACUGUUGGAGAUGGCACCACUGUCCACGAUGCGAGUGUGGCUUGCUUUUGUUCAUUAGAACUACAGUAAAUGUAUAUGGAGAGGGACACGAGGGCUACGGGUCGAAACUGGUGCCACCAGAAAUUUAAUUCAAAGCCGUCUUAAUUUGUGAUGCUCAUGCUGAAUUAUUUUAUUCCACAACUGAAUUUGAAUUUGCUUUGAUUAGAUUUCAAUAUUGAAUGUAGUGGUUUAAAAUAAAAGUCGUUAAUAUGUUCUGCACUGCCAACUUCCUAAUUUGCUAGCUGGUUACCACAGAUGAGCUGUAAGAAAUAAGAAAAUUAAAGUUAAAUGCAAUGGAGACUAAACUCAAAAUUCAAACUAUUCAAUUCCAAAUUAUGAAAUACAAAUUCAAGCUCUGCUAUUGAAAUUCGUAUUUAUGUCUCAAACCAUCAAUUUGAAAUAUUGCAAUAUAAUUUCUGGGGGUACUAAUUACCACCCAUUGAGGGCUCUGACCAAAAGCAUCAUUUUGUAUAUUAUAAAGAUAUAUUAUAAAGGUUUCACAGCUUAACAUUGUUUUUUUUUUUGCAAUGCUUGAAAUUGUACAUUAAAACCCUGUAACUUUUUCGUUGAAUGUAAAUAUGUUAAUUUAAUACUCUAGUAGUUCAUUUUAAUAAAAUGAAUAUUGU